UGGUAGUUAGGUACGAAGUUGACGGGAAGCUACUUUACAUCACUGGCUACUUUGUAUCUACUUGUUCAUUAACCCUAAAUCCAGAACCUAUGGUGAACUGGGCAGAACUGCCGCGCGAUCUCAUCGGUCGGAUUGCAAAGCGGGUUAAGGUGAUGGAAGAUUUCAUUACCUUCCGUGCUGUUUGUACCUCUUGGCGAGCUGCUGCUUCCAAGGAUCUCUUUGAUGUGCUUUCGCCCCAAGUGCCGCUGCUUAUGUUGGCUGACAAAGAUGAUGACUAUCGAGAAUUCUACUCUCUUUCCAAGAAGAAAGUUUCACGCAUAUUUCUACCUGAAGCGAGAGGACGAGACUGUUUUCCAACAGAGGGAUGGCUCUUUACCGUGUCAAAUACGGGGGAAAUGAACUUGUUGCAUCCUUUCUCCCGUACCCAAAUUCAACUUCCUCCAGAAGAAUCCUUAUUGGAUUUAUGUAUUCCUGAUCCAAACCACGAAGACGAAAUACCCUAUUACAGAAUUGUCAACGCUGUCUUAUCUGCCAGCCCUUCUCACACAUCAGAUUAUGCACUGGUGGUUUCCUACCGUGCAUUAGAAUGCCUUUUAGCUUUUUGGCGACCUGGUGACCUCAAGUGGACUUGUAUUGUCUAUGGUAAUAAUGUUUUUCGGGUCACCAGUAUGAUUUACAAUAAUGGCCGAUUUUAUGCCGCGGAUGUUCACUCUUGCGAAGUCUGGGUUUUUGACAUUCUGGGGCUGAGGCCUUCCAUCAUUCUUCAACCCAUUAUAGAGCUACAUCUGCUUCCUUCGCUGCAAGGUGGUAUAUUUCGAGAGAGUAGUUGGUUCUACCUAGUCGAGGUAUGCGGUGCACUAUUACUUGUUUCCCGAUUUAUUGAUGAAAGGGCUACGUUUGAGACCGUUAAAUUUAAAGUCUACAAGUUAGAUGUAAUCAAAGGUGAACUGAUGGAAGAGGAGAUUAACACCUUGGGAGAUUCAACAAUUUUUUUGGGACUUGGUGGUGCGGCAAGUUCCGUCGACUCCUCUAAGUUUACUGGAGUCAAGGCUAAUCACAUAUACUUUACUGAUCAGUUUUAUUACCAAAAAAGGCUCGUCGGUGGUGGUGGAAGGGAUAUGGGGGCUUACAAUCUUGAAGAUGGAAAAAUUGAAUCUUUUUAUCCUGGUUUGUCAAUAAGCCCGAUUUCUCCACCAGCUUGGGUCACACCCUCACUCUUGUAAUAAUGUGGUGAUUGCACUCACCUCAAGUUGUUGUCUCCUUUUCACUUUAAUGAUUGAUUAUUAAGUGUUUCAGAAUUGUAUGUUUGAAGUUACCUUGGAUAUAGUAAUAUUUUCCUA